AUGUCUGAACCACCUCUCAGGCCCCGGCCUGCUACCUCGCCCACUCGCGAAAAGUCCCAUUCUCCUUACAGAGACUCUCCUUCUCGACGAUUACGCGAUCUUGAGACUGGAGCAAAUGUCCAACGCAACUCUCCAUACUCGGCUCAGCGCAUUGGAGCCGACCCCUACCCUCCCUCACCCAGCUCCAGAACCGCGGACUGGGAGCCCAUCAUGUCAAACCCUAUGAAUCAGAGUGAUCUCGGUCGCAAGAAAUCCCUGAUCCGUCCCGAGCGCAGUCGAAUAGACCGAGAUCAUCCCAACUACCACUAUCGCAAGCAUGCGCAGAAUAUGGAGGUCUUCCCCUCCACCACUGGGAACGAUCCUGUGGUGGAAGAAUUGGUGGAACAGAGGACGGUGAGCUCUGAGAGCACCAAUCUCAACAUGCCAGCCGACGAAUCCUUCGGGACUCAACCCACUUCUCGUCUACCUGGGAAACUUGAGCCUGUCGGCAAAAAGAGAAAACCUCGAAAACUGGUUAGAAAAGACACUCGCGAUAUGACGGCCGAAGAGAAGAGGCGGCUGAAAGAAAUAGAAAAGCUCAAACCUCCAAGUGCUUGGAAUGUGUACUGUGCCGUGGUCACUUUCUGGGCCCCUAACUUCAUAUUACAUUGUUGCGGAAUGCCAGGAAGGGCCCAGAAACGAGCCUGGAGAGAGAAAGUCGGUUUGAUCAGCAUCAUCUUGCUCAUUGCCGGCUUUGUUGGUUUCCUAACUUUCGGCUUCACCCGGGCAGUCUGCCCGGCCCCGGGACUGAGAUUGAAGAUCAACCAUGUUGAUCGUGGUUACAUGAUAUUCCACGGAGAUGCCUACAAUCUUGAUGGUUCCAUGCACCCUGCAGCACGGGGAGUUCCUCUCGACAGCAAUGUCCUCUACGACCUCCCGCACAAGUAUGGUGGUCAAGACGGAAGUUUCAUGUUUCAAAAAGUCAAUGGAGAGUGCAAAGGUCUCAUCACUCUCGCACCCGGUUCCGAUGUGCCUACGGAUGCCGAUGGAGAUCUUGCUUGGUAUUUUCCUUGCAACGCCUUCAAUCAGGACGGCUCGUCGCCGCCAAACCUCACCAACCCCUAUUAUCUGGGCUAUGCUUGCCACACUACCGCCAAGUCUAGAAAUACGUUCUAUAGCCUGAGAAAAGCGGGAGAAGUCUUCUUCACUUGGGACGAUCUCAAGAACACCAGUCGAAAUCUGGUGGUGUAUUCGGGUUCCGUGAUUGAUCUGGACUUGUUGAGGUGGUUCAACGAGAGUCAAGUGGUCUGGCCAAAACAAUUUGACGACAUGCGAGAAAGUGCCGAAAUUCGUGGUACUGAUAUCACCCAUGUGUUACAGUCUGCUGCGGAUAAAAAGGUUGGCAAGUGUCUGGCCCAGAUUGCCAAAGUGGGUUCGGUUGAUACCGAGACGGUUGGGUGUAUUGCAUCAAAGGUUGUCCUUUACGUCUCGUUGGUGUUUAUCCUCGCCGUCGUGUUGGUCAAGUUCUUCCUCGCCGUGGCCUUUCAAUGGUUUUUGGCUGGGAAGUUUGCGGCCACCAAGACUUCGCAGACAUCUGAUCCGAAAAAGAGGGCCAAGCAGAUCGAGGACUGGGCCGACGAUAUCUACAGACCGGCUCCAAAAAUCACUGAUCCUGCAAGUACAAUCUCCGGCUCCGAUGCGCGGGCCAGUAAGCGUGGAAGUCAGUUGUUCCCUCAAACAUCUCGUUUCACCAGCCCUUAUGCUGUUGAGCGUCUGUCCAAAACAAAUCGCCCACCUCCAACUACGAUGACCAGUCAGUCUUCCAAUGCCCGAUUGAUUCAGCCAGGAAAUGGCCUUUACAAAAGCGGAUUCAACAGUAGUCAGAACACUCUGGACGUCAAUUCUCGGAUGAGCGUUGGUGCUAGCAGAUCCAGCCUUCUCCUGUCAGGUCAGGAAGCCCGGUACUCAGCUGUGAUGGACUCCCUCGAACCUGGUGGGCCUGUUGGUUUCAUUCACGAGAACGUGGUUCCUCAACCACCUCCUGAGUGGCAACCAUUUGGCUACCCCCUCGCUCACGUUAUAUGCUUGGUCACUGCAUACUCGGAAGACGCAGAUGGUGUGCGAACCACGCUGGACUCUGUUGCGACGACCGACUACCCUAACAGUCAUAAAGCAAUUUUGGUGAUCUGUGAUGGUUUGAUCAAGGGCAAGGGGAACGACUUGUCGACCCCGGAGAUUGUCCUCAGCAUGAUGGGUGAUUUUGUCGUUCUUCCUGAAGACGUGCAGGCCUUUUCAUAUGUCGCUGUAUCCAGCGGCUCAAAACGGCACAACAUGGCCAAGGUUUACGCUGGAUUCUACGAUUAUGGUCCGAACUCGAAGAUCGAUCCGACCAAGCAGCAACGAGUGCCCAUGUUAGUGGUUGUCAAAUGCGGAACCCCUGAAGAAGCCGGCAAAUCUAAACCUGGUAACCGAGGCAAGCGUGACAGUCAGAUCAUUUUGAUGUCCUUCCUCCAAAAGGUCAUGUUUGAUGAGCGCAUGACUGAACUCGAGUAUGAAAUGUUCAACGGUCUCUGGAAAGUGACGGGCAUGUCACCCGACUUUUACGAAAUGGUUCUCAUGGUCGACGCCGACACCAAGGUAUAUCCUGACAGUCUGACACACAUGGUCUCUGCCAUGGUCAAGGAUCCCGAAAUCAUGGGACUCUGCGGUGAAACGAAGAUCGCGAACAAAACACAAUCGUGGGUCUCACGGAUCCAGGUCUUCGAAUACUUCAUCUCGCAUCAUCUGUCCAAGUCCUUUGAAUCUGUCUUUGGCGGUGUCACUUGCUUGCCUGGGUGUUUCUGCAUGUACCGGAUCAAAUCACCCAAGGGCGGGCAGAACUACUGGGUCCCAAUCCUGGCUAACCCCGACAUCGUGGAGCACUAUUCGGAAAACGUCGUCGAUACACUGCACAAAAAGAAUCUUCUGCUGCUGGGCGAAGACAGAUACCUUUCGACACUCAUGCUCAAGACCUUCCCCAAGCGGAAACAAGUCUUUGUCCCUCAGGCAGUGUGCAAGACGACUGUGCCGGACCAGUUCAAGGUUCUUCUAUCUCAACGGCGUCGUUGGAUCAACUCUACUGUCCACAACCUGAUGGAACUUGUCCUUGUACGCGACCUCUGCGGUACAUUUUGCUUCAGCAUGCAAUUUGUUGUCUUUAUCGAGUUGAUCGGCACCCUUGUAUUACCGGCGGCCAUCGCAUUUACGUUCUAUUUGAUCAUCAUUUCCAUCGUGGCCAAACCAGUUCCGGUCAUUCCUCUUAUUCUUUUGGGGCUCAUUCUAGGUCUUCCCGCCGUGCUGAUUGUGAUGACGGCGCACAGCUGGUCAUAUGUCGCAUGGAUGGGUAUCUACCUGCUCUCUCUACCGAUCUGGAAUUUCGUUCUGCCGGCCUACGCAUAUUGGAAGUUUGACGACUUCAGCUGGGGAGAUACCAGGAAGACUGAUGGAGAGACCAAGAAAUCUGGCGGACACGGGGAAGCUGAAGGUGAAUUCGAUAGUUCAAAGAUCCUGAUGAAAAGAUGGGGAGAUUUCGAGAGAGAACGUCGAGCACAAGCCACUGGCACAGGAUGGGCACAGCAUUCUCUCGGCCCCACGUCUGCAAAGGCAGCAACGGUCACGAGCGACUAUGCCUCAAGCCACGGAGUUUUUGAGCCUUAUCAUGACUAUUGA